AUGUACCCUGGUCGCACAAAUGCCACCUACAACAACCAGCAGCAGCAGCAGCAGCAGCAAUACUAUUCGAGGCCUCCCAACCCUCCUCCAAAUGUUGCAUCCCAGCCUAUGCCAUUUGAAGGCCAGUUCUACCCUCGGCCUGGUGGACCUCCUCCUAAUAGUGGAAAUGAUUACAGUGGCCAAUACUCGAGACCUCCAGUCCCUCCUCCAGGGGCAGCGCCAUCACAACAGUACAAUCGAAGCGAUAUCGCCCAAAACCAUAAUACCGGCCUAGUUAACGGUCCAUCGGGCUAUGAGCAGCCCCAGAACUUGUACAGACCUCCAACCCAAGUUCAAUAUGCGGGGCCUGGUAAUGAAGUUGCGUACCAGUACUCUCAAAUGACAGGGAGACGUAAGGCUUUACUGAUUGGUAUCAACUAUUUUGGCUCCCAAAAUCAGUUGAGAGGUUGCAUCAAUGACUCUCACAAUAUGUUCAACUUCUUGACUCAACGAUACGGCUACAGACCAGAAGAUAUUGUUAUGCUAAAUGAUGAUACAACCGACCCAGUCCGCGUGCCAACAAGGGCUAAUAUGUUAAGGGCUAUGCAGUGGCUUGUAAAAGAUGCUCAGCCAAACGAUGCCUUAUUCUUCCAUUAUUCGGGCCACGGUGGUCAAACAAAAGAUCUGGAUGGUGAUGAGGAAGAUGGUAUGGAUGAUGUUAUAUACCCUGUCGAUUUUCAGGUGGCAGGUCCCAUCAUAGAUGAUGAAAUGCACGCUAUCAUGGUCACGCCCUUACAACCAGGUGUCAGACUAACCGCAUUGUUCGAUUCGUGUCACUCAGGAACAGUGCUAGAUCUCCCAUACACUUAUUCUACCAAAGGUGUUGUAAAGGAACCAAAUGUGUGGAAAGAUGUCGGAUCAAAUGCUCUUCAAGGUGCGAUGGCUUACGCUACUGGUAACACCGGCGCCUUGAUGAAGUCUUUAGGGAGUGUCUUUACUACGAUUAAAAAUUCAAACAACAACGUCGAUAGGGAAAGAAUAAAGCAGAUUAAGUUUUCACCUGCUGAUAUAAUCAUGUUCAGUGGUUCCAAGGAUAAUCAAACUUCUGCGGAUGCAACGGAGAACGGUCAGAAUACUGGUGCGAUGUCAUGGGCAUUCUUGACUGUAUUGUCCAAACAACCACAGCAAACAUACUUGAGUUUGUUGCAAAAUAUGAGGGCAGAGUUACGCGGUAAGUAUUCACAAAAACCUCAAUUGUCAUCAUCACAUGAGAUCGACGUUAAUUUGCAAUUUUUACUAUAA